AUGCUGCUGCGCCUGCUGCUGGCCCUGCUCAGCCUGGCCGGGGGGCCGCGGCCGGGAGACGCGCCGGCCGCUUGGGGAGCCUCCCUGGCGCGCGUCUUGCAGCCGCCGCCUCCUGCUGCACCCCAGGGCGAUGAGCCGACGGCGGCGCCCGACGCCGAGCCUUGGUGCCCCUACAAGGUGCUGAGCCAAGGCCAAGCCGGCGGGGGGCGCCUCUGCUUCCGCCCCCCGGCGCGGGCUUUCCAGUGCGCGCCGCGGCGCUGCAAGGCGCACCGCUCGCCCGGGCGCGCCCUGGUGGCCAACGUGCUCCUCAACGGCAGCGUCCUCCUGCAGUGGGCCUGGCCGCCUCCCGGGGCCGCCGCCGACGAGGCCCUGCGCGGCUUCUCGCUCGCCUGCUCGUGGGAAGGCGCCUACACGCGCUUCCAGUGCGACACCGUCCGGCUGGGCGCCGCCUGCCGGGACUACCUGCUGCCCGACGCCCACGGCAGCGUCCGCUACCGCCUCUGCUUGAGCGCCUUCGCCGGGGCCGCCUCCAACGGCAGCCGCGGCUCCCCGGGCCCCGAUCCGACGCCCUGGCCCCCCGAGUGCGUGGAGUUCACCGUCGAGCCGGCCGGCAUGCGGGACAUCGUCGUGGCCAUGACGGCCGUCGGGGGCUCCAUCUGCGUCAUGCUGGUCCUUAUCUGUCUCCUGGUGGCCUACCUGACCGAGAACCUCACGCCGCCGCCCGCCCCCCCGCCGCCGCCGGCAGGGCCUCCUCCGCCUCGGCCCAGACGGCCCACCGAGGCGGCCGGCGCCGGAGCAAGACCUGCGGGGAUGCCGCCUGGGGAGGCGUGGUGACUCAGAAGUCGAACCUUGCUGGGGAUUUCCUUCUAGCCUAGCUUUGGAACGAAUCCUUGCCCUGGGGGGGCCGUCUAAGGAUGCCUGCCUUCCAUGGAAAUUCUCAUCUGCUCUUCGACGAAGAGUUGGAGCUCCGAUUCGUUAAAAGAUGAGAGGGACGCCUGUUCCACCCCUGACGCAGAGACCUGCAGCAUCCGCGUCCAUCCAAUGUACAGGGCCUCUCUAGCCAUCCUGAAAUGAGCAGUUCUCCGUCACCAAGCAUCCCUCCACAUCCAGAGCAUAAAUGGGAAGGCAUCUUGAGAGGCCACUGUGUCUCUAUCAGGCUAACGUCUGAUUGCUUAGCAUUCUUGUAACUGGCUUCAGGUAGUUACCAGCAUCUGGAAUUGGUGAGAGCCGCUAGGAAGCUGAAGCCAAAACCCCAGAUUGGAUGUAAAUAUGACAAUCCAGGUUUUGAAGCAAUCUUUUGAAUGUUUACGACACUGUUUGAGCAGGUUUCUGCUCGACUGGGGUGGCAUCCAGCAAUACUCAAAUUUCAGCGUUGACUCCCCAUAUGUUUUGUCCUCCAGAUUUUGGUUCUCAGCACAAAGAGAGAUUUAUCUUUAAAAAAAAAAAGUAGUAUAAUAUUUUUAUACGCAAGUGUUCUGUCUGAAUUCACCCGUUCCAGAUGGUUGUCAGAUGUUGUUUCAUGUCUGAGCAUCGUCGUUAUGUAACAUUAGAGAAAAUCAAGAUGGCGGAGAACGAUGGUGUCUCGUAGGACUCAAAAGGUCUUUAGCAAUGCGUGGAUUUUUUAGAGUUUGCUUCUUUAAAGGACAUUCUAACACAGGCAAAUUUGGCUUGCUGGAUUCUCUGUAGGCCCGUAGCAAGCCCCUCCCCACUCCUGAAGUACAUAGAAAUCACUUUGUCUUAGGGCCAAACUGCAAAUAACAUUGGCAUUCUGGGGCUAGAGUUCCAGUUCUGUGCUUGGUCAUUGGAGGGCAACUGGGGAGCUAGCUGAAUUGGUGAUGUAGUGCUGGGGGGAGGGGCAGGGCUUUUUUUUGUAGCAGGAACUUAUUUGCAUAUUCGGCCACACCCCAUGAUGUAGCCAAUCCCCCAAGAGCUUACAGUAGGCCCUGUAAGCUGUUGGAGGAUUGGCUACACAAGAGGGGCAUGGCCUAAUAUGCAAAGGAGUUCCUGCUACCAAAAAAAAGCCCUGGGGAGGGGGUAACAUCACUCUAUUCCCCUGUGCUGUUUCCCUGAUUAAAAAUGCCUCCUUUAGGCUGCUCUCAACUUUGAUGGGGUGGAAAAAGAGAGAAACACAAGUACCUGUCUUUUUUUCUUUUUGUAGUGGGGGUGGGUGGGUUUCCAGAAUGGGAAACAGCAUAAGAAAAAAGGUUACUUCCUAUCCAGCACUGUGGUCCCUAUCUAGAUAUCCUACCUGGGGUGUUUUUUUAGAGCCAAAUACCAUGUUAAGACUUCUAGUCAUUGUCUUGUGUAGUUUUACUAUCACUCAGGUGCUCAGAACUUUUCCCUGUUUUUGCGAUGGAAGACUUAAUAAACUGUGAAAUAUUUGUCAGGGCGGGCAAGUGGCUGGGCCGUAGAUGUUCACACGUGUCAAGCGAACUGGUUGGGGGUGAAAACUUUUAUUGAAAGGGGAGGGUUUUCUGCAAAUGGUCACUUCCAAGGAACAAUUCCAUUUUUUUGCAGUUUCGUUUAUUAAACUACCUAGAAUCCA